AUGCUCAAUUCAAUGCUGGACCAAGAGGCAAGGGUUGAACAGGCCAGGAAACAACACCAGUACUACAUCCAAUCUGGGGUUUCGGAGGACAGCGACUACACUUCAGAUGUCAACUAUCCAAUCGGACAACAUCCAAAUUCGUCAGCUUCCCAAUUUUUAUCCGCAGCUAACCAACUAACCACCCCUCAAAGAUCUUUGAACUCAAGCAGGGAAAAUUCAUAUGAAAAGGACGAUGAUUAUUAUCACCGCACCGCAAACGGAUCUAACCAGCAGCAGCAAGGUCCUUACUACCACCCUCAAUAUCCACAAUCCCACGGGAGAAAGCAACUCCCCACAAUCCCUUCGCAGCAGAAUGUACCUGGGAACCGCAAUCCCAGUCGGCGAGGAUACUGGGAGGAACCCAGAGACGCAGAGACUGAUCAACCUUUGUACUACAAUAGCAGGCCUCAAUCAAACUACAAAUCGUACGGGAGAUAUCGGAGGAGAGGUUCUUGGGAGGAUGAGUUUAACCAAAAGAGACCAGAAUAUGCCAGUCAACAAUACAAUGAAGAUUAUGACAAUGCUCAAGACUACUCGCAGCCUUCCCAUAACUAUGCUAAACGCCUAAAAAAUAAUCGUCGAACGAACUCAAGUCUUGAACGACAAUACACACUGUACGAUGGAACCGGAGAUUAUGCAGCCGACGAAGAAAGCCACGAAGUAAAUUCUAAAGCGAUUUCCUAUGACGAGCCGUCGUCAUAUUCGUCUUACGCUCAGCCUGACAAGAAUUCCGUCUACAAUGAUUAUAAUCAAGACUAUAGUGAAUACUCUACCGAGUUGAAUUAUAAUGACGGAUACACGGACAACAAAAUCUCAGCAUAUGACCCCUACACCAAGGACACUAGUUACGGCUACGAUGUGGGAGGAGAUACUCGGGACCAUUAUUCCGCGUCCUCAAAGUCUAUCAAAGAGCUACCGACCCAAAUUUCAAGUCAUUAUAAUGAAAAGAGUCAAUUGUCCUCCCAAGCCCCUUCUCCUUACACUUCACAGUCAACAGUGAAGGAAAUGUCCAUCGCACCCAAUACCGUCCAGUCUUCUGUUUCCAAUAUUCCACAAGAAUAUCCUUCAUCGAAUUUCAUAAUCAAUUCUGGCGAUUAUGGAAAUGCAGAGGACAGUUUUUACGAUGCCUCCUCAAAUUACAACAAUCAUGUCCACGUAGAUCACUUGACCACAAGUGGAGGAACUAACACAAUCACUAACGUCGCUACUACCAUUGCUACUAAUGAAAAUAAUGAUCCUUCCGAACAAUAUAUGGAUGCGUAUGACAAGCAGACAGGUUACGAAGAUUGGGAGAACUAUGGUUAUUACGACGAAGCUGGAAAUUAUAUUGAAUAUGAUCAAAAUUCUGCAUACUAUUCGGAGGAACCUGGUAGCUCCACCCAGCCAGCCCACACUCAAGUCCAACAAGCAUCAGAUAUUACAGAAGAACCGUAUUCUUUGUACUAUGAUCACAAUCAAGAUAGUUCCGUAACUCAAUACGAUACCCAAUACGACCAGACUGUGCCAUCCACCGCCACAUCCGUCGCCCCCGCUGCCGUAACCACCACUACUACAAAAGUUACCAUUCAUCAAGAGCCAAGUAAUUACAACAAACAGUAUGAUUCAAACUUUUAUCAAAGUUCCGCUGUAGUUGGAGAUGAUAAAAAUCAGGAUUAUGACGAUCAGCCAAUUAUUCAAGAGGAAUAUGGCACGUAUGAUCAAGAUGGGUAUUGGUAUGAUGCGACCGAAGAUGCAAACUAUCCGAUUGCACAAGCGGAACAUGGGUUACCAGACGUAGCCCCUUUAUCAAGUAAAGGGCCAUCCAACGACGAGUACAAUUAUGCAUAUCAAAGUGCCGAGAAUUUGACGAGCUAUGAACCAAGUGUGCACCCUAAGCUGGACCAUGCUGAAUCUGUAUCUAGAAGAGCAAGCUUCCGACGUCAGGCCUCAACUCGAAGUGAUUACACUCCUCAUGACGGAACCCCAACUUCCGCUUCGCAACCGUUUAUCAAGGAUGCAAAUCAUGUCCCAACAGCAGCGCCUCACGCGGUUCCGACCACGUCAGCACCACCCACAACCACCGCCACCGCCACAGCAGCUGCUGCUGUUGUGGCAAGUAAAUUCGCCUCAGAAAUGAAAUCUGCCUUACCACAACUUUCUUCAUUAACAAAAGGAAAAUCUGAUUUGUUUUCGAGUGGAUUCUCCAAACUUGGAAACUUUGUUUCAAAUGCUGCAGCAAAAUCUGGAGUUUCCGUCCCUCUCAUGAAUCAGAAUAAAGAUGUCAAUAAAGAAAGCCAAAAAAUAUUACCGAGCCAACCCACAGCAAUACAACCCGCUCAACAGGUACCUGAAAUAUCAGUUGACCAAGGCUUUGGUUAUCCAUUCGAUGACCAACAGCAAUAUCAGCAAUACGACAACUGGGAGGAGCAUCCUUACAAUGACGAGAACUACAACCAGUAUCAAGACAACACGAAUCAAAACAAUGAGGAGGGUUAUGAAUAUUAUGAAGGGGUCGAAGGAGAAGGCGAUUUCAACAAGCAGGGUCCAGUGCAUAUGGACUCAUUAGAGUCAAAUCCGUCCGAGGGGGCAAGAGAUGCUGAGGAUCUCGAAGCCGAAUAUUGGCAAAAGCAACAAGAGAGAAUUGCAAAACAAUCUGCACUUCAAACACAAGAGUCUCACGACAUUUAUCCAAAGUCCAACGUCCUACAAUCAAUGGACUCAACGGACGACAAAGGCUUUCUCUUUAGUCAAAAUUCGCUCGACACUGAAGAAUUCCUUGAGCGACUUGAGCAACAAAGUGGUGGACAGGCGCGUCCAAUGUUAAGCAAAAAAGACACUAUGAGCAUGAGCCUUGACCGAUCUGAGAGUAUAGAUCAGCAGACUGAUUACGGUGAUGAAUAUGACCGUCAAGACAGACAAGGGUCAUUGGAAUCUGGCGAAGGGGGUUACCCGAUGUCACCCCCUCCACAUCCGAUGAUAUCAGAAGAAGACGAGAUUAUAGAGGAUGGUCACAGGAAAUCCUCCUUGGAGAUUCAUGGGAAAGAGAAAGGCAGCAAAAGUGUGUCCUUUGAAGAGGAGCCACCCAAGGCGGUGCCCGAGAGACAAACCAAAGGGAUGAAGCCCAGAGAAAAGUGGCUCUGGGCAAUCAAUAGGAUCUGCGCCAAACUAGCGGUAAGAACAUAA